AUGUGGAUGGAAGAGGAAAUAGGAUACAAGGUAUUCGUUCAAAGAGCAACAUGGGAGCAGGCAGAACAAAUCUGUCAGGAACACUACGCACACUUGUCUUCCGUUAUGUCGGAAGAAGAAAAUAAUGUAAUAUAUGAAAUAGCGAAAGCGUCGAUAGAGAAAAGCGAUAGCGAGUUGCUCUGGCUUGGAGGAAGACAGAAGAAUUACCCGUCCAGCAAAGAGUGGUCAUGGGCAGAUGGCAAAGCUUUCAGCUACACAAAUUGGGAUUCGGACGAACCCAACGAUGUGGACAACAAUGAACAAUGCUUAGAGGUACUCAUCAUUUGCUCCACAUUACAGUAA